CUUCACAUCUUACCUCCUGAUACCCAUUAUGUAUGCUAUUCAACAAAAAUUAAAUCACUGUGAGGUUGGCCCAUUGCAAGGUUUACUAGUAAAGACUUUGAUCUUUUAAAAUAUUUCCCAAGCCCAAUUGAAGUUUAAAUCAAAAUCAACUUAACCAUCUUCAUAUUCAGCACUCCUUUUUGUGAUAUCCUCGCAGUUUGGGUGUUAACCAGUCCUAAAAUAACAAAAUCCAGAGGUCUCUUGAAUGCAUUCAAGUCCAAGACAAGGCUGAGACCUUCAAAAAGUGGUCUCGAGGCCAAGACUGAUCUCAAGCACUACAACACUGCUGCAGGAAUGUCCGCCAGAGCUGCUGCCAAUGAAGCUGUCUUGUCAUGUCUGUGAAUGUGGCAGUACAUCCAACCAGCCUCACAUCCGCAGUCCAAUUUGCAUCCAUCCAUCCAUCCAUUUUCGUAACCGCUUAUCCUCUUGAGGGUCGCGGGGGGGCUGGAGCCUAUCCCAGCUGACAUUGGACGAGAGGCAGGGUACACCAUGGACAGGUCGCCAGACUAUCGCACGGCUUACAUGUAGAGACAGACAACCAUUCACACUCACAUUCACACCUACGGACAAUUUAGAGUCACCAAUUAACCUGCAUGUCUUUGGACUGUGGAGGAAGCCGGAGUACCCGGAGAAAACCCACGCUGACACGGGGAGAACAUGCAAACUCCGCACAGAAGGCCUCCCUCCUGGAAUCGAACCAAUUUGCAUUUAUAUAUAUUUUUUUUAUUGGAAAACAAAGUUGUAUUUAGGACACAAGUCAGUGGAUAACUUGGGCUCUUAAUUUUAAUUACAUAAAAGCUAUAUCUUGAAUCGUCAUCACUGUCUGUUGUUGGCACUACUGUCAGUUUUCAUGGAGCGUCAAAAUCUCAUCACUGCUGUGGAAAUACUGAUUCCCAGACAAGUACUAAUCAAAACUGUAUAACAGGAAACCUUAAAGCUCAGGCCAACAGUAAUCACUUGAUAAGGCUACCUGUGGUUAACCAUAGCGCCGAUUCUUCUGAAUGAUGCUUUCCUAUCAGAUAUAAACUCUUACUGAAACUGACCUGACUUUCAGUUUAACUGAUAAAUGAAUUAUGAUUUGAAUACAGACAAGUUGUUUUCUAUGAGCAUGAUAAUACACCCACAUCCAGCAUCUGUCAGGGCAAAGUGCUGUGUUUCAGCAGUCUGAUUUCUCUGCCUUUAAUGCAUCUGGAUAUUUUGUUGUGAUUACUGUGAUUGCACUUAAUUCAGGUUUUAUACAGCAAAAUCCUGCCUCUAUCCUCACUGAGGAGUAGUAGUGGAUUACAGUUGUCAGGUUGGUGAAUUUACAGAUCUGUCAUGAUUUGGUAAAUGUGGGCUUUGGCCCAAAAGCAGGACUCAAAGCUCAAGCAGGUAGAGAUAAAAGACUGUCUUUACUGCAACCAAGCAGGGACACAAAGAAGGCAGACUUAUCCAAGCAGGGAGCAGGCGAAAAGGCAGGACUCCAAAGGCAGUCAACAGGCAGAUGAGCAAAGACACUGGGACACUUAGUGAAGAGUACAUUAGAGAAUCUGAUAGGAAACAAGUAUAAAUGUGCUGGUAUAUAUGCCUUCAGGGCUGAUGAGCAAAGUAGGAGCAGGUGUAUAGUGGGAAGGGACGUCAGGUGACAUGGGCUGGAAAGACAGUCUGAGGGCAUCUAGUGGAUGGUUUGAGGAUAGAAGGUCCGGGUAAGAAUGCAUUCAAGUACGAGACAAGGCCGUGACCUUCAAAAAGUGCUCUCGAGGCCAAGGUCCGGGAGGUGAAAGGGGACUAUAAGGCCUGGAGAACGUGAGCAGGGGCGCCACUGCAGCUUUGGUAUCCAGAGCCACAAUAGGACAGACUUCGUCACAGAAAAGGACUCUGCUACAAAACCACUUGACAUCAAAUAGAGUGAAACCAGCACUUUGAAGCACACCCUGAGCAGCUCACCGACAGAGUGUCUGCCAUCUCUCUGCACAGAAUGAGAAGAAAAUGGAAGCAGUGAGUUACGCCCCGAUGCAAGAACAAUCCAUCAAACCGCCGCAUCUGCGAGUCACCUAGCUUUGGAAACCAACCAUCCAGCUGGUUUGAGAUCUCCAAAAAAAAGGAAGAUUGAUGACAUCAUAAAUGGAGAGAAAUAAGGAAACCCUUCUGCUGUGUCUUCUUCUUUUGGCUUUUGUUCAUGUCUGCCCUAUCCAAAACUGUCCGAGCGUACCAGAUAACGUUCACAGAGAUCUCACCUGCCACAGUGACUACAAUCGUACCAUCACUUGUGUGUGGAACAGCGUGCCUGAUCAUACAGACAGUGUGUGCACAAUUGACGCAAAAUGGAAAGGUCAAUAUACCAGCCUCAGCAAUUCAUGUAACCUGGAGCCUGUUGACGCCUCCCGACCAACGCUAAGGAAGUGCUCAAUGAUGUUCAAAAGAGAUGGCGCUCUGAAAGCCAGCGACUUUGUAUUUCAGCGCACUCAUAACAUCUCCAUUAAUGUGAGCUGUAAACCUGGGAACCAAAGUUUGAACAUUUUCUUCAUGCCAGCUUGUCACAUAAAGCUGAAUCCUCCGCCAAAACCAGCUAUCAACUCUACCACCGCUUCCUGGUUUCCUCAAAUUUUGCCCCAGCAAAGGAGUUCUUACUGCACCCAACUGCAGUGGACACAAGAGGAUCAGUCAUGGAGUGAUCCUAAGGAAUCAUGCAUACAGUGUAAAUGGAACUGCACAACGGAACUGAACCCUGAUCAGCUGAUAAAAGGCGAAAGGUAUAAGGCACGCGUUCGAGUAAAGGACAAUUCAAGAAACACCAAGUCAACCUGGAGUGACUGGGGCCCUACUACAUCAUGGGUAUCACCCAUCGGAAGACCAAAACCACAAACAUCAGAUUUUUCUGGUCUUUGGGGCAUCGUUGCCGGUGCAACAGCGUUGGCUGUGUUUCUGGUUGUCUUACGAUACAAGACCGACAAAACCACCUGGGUUUACAUAGUAAAGCGAAUCAGAGGUCCGCCCCUUCCGAACCCAGAGAAAUUCUUCCAGCAGAAUGGAAAUUUCCUGAGUUGGUUGAGCCCUCACUUCAACAAUGAAUCCUUUCAAUCCAUCUUUAAACCAGUGGAAAUCGUCCCUGUAGAAGUGACCUCCAUUGUGAACGCUGUCACACCCUGUGGGCCAGAGGCGGCGCUGCUAGAAAAAAUGAGAAGUGAAAACAGCCACUUGUCGACCAGUUCCAACUACUCCAACCCCAUCUACUCCUGUCCUCCUCCUCCUGUCACCUCGCUCACUGCGGGGAAUCUGCCGCCCUGCGACACUGAUACACCUUAUGGGCCUGUUGUUAGUCAAAGCGAAGGGAAAAAUGAACAACAGGAUAGGGAUGAAGAGAGAAGGAGAGAAGUAGAGACCCGCCAGUUGCUCUCCAAAUGUAGCAACAGCAGUGAGCUUAUGCCGGUGAUUUUAGACUAUGAGAAGGUUGAAAAGGUCCAGGUCGAGCGCUCCAGGCUCCAGAGUCUAGAUUCAGGCAUGUGCAGUGGUGAAGAGCUCAGUCAAGAGAGUCUGGAGGCAGAUAGCAUCACUAUGAGUGAUAGUCACGACGAGGAGCCUGAAGGUGAGGAGGAGAGGGAGGGAGGGAAUGAGAAAGAAACAGAUUUAAAGAAGUUGUUUGGAGGCGGUGGAGAUAUUUUUGGCAAAGGGUCCAUUCAGGUUUGUUCCGGUUACGAGCAAGUCCAGAAGCUGCAGGCUGACUGCCCCGAGCUACCUAGCAUGGAUUCAGACAUUAGCAGUGGAGGUGAGGAGCAGGUGAGUCAGGAGGAGAGUCUGGAGGAUGCUGAUAAGUCCACUGAAUCUACCAGCCUCCUUCUUCCUCCUCCAUUUAGCACCUUACCGUGCUCCUUGCCCUCUUUCUCACCACUGCCUUUGAACUUCUCUGGGCCAGGUUUUAGUCCAGCUCUGCGACCUUUGUCAAGUCAUUUACUUGAGAGGAUUGCUCUACUGCCAACUAACAGGUCAGUAGAGCCCUCUAGCGAUGGAUACAUGCCAGUAAGACAGGAACAGAGCUGAGAACAAAAAGAAAUCUCUCCAACAGGCCUAAUAGAAAAUGCUGUACAAUACAUCAUGACAGCCUGACUACUAGAGAGUAAGUCAGACAUGCUUGUUCACUGUUCGUAGUAGUAGGUAACAUUAAAAAGACAUUUAUUCAACGCUCAAUGUCCGACUCUCAAAGACGGUACAAUAUAUGAAUGUAUUUUUGUUUCACACUGCUUUAUUUAGCAUAUUUCUCACGUGUAUUUAUUAUUUGAGAAAACAAGAGGCUAAUAUUUUUCCAAUUAUGCUUUGGUUGUUUUUUAUACAAAAAAAAUUUGGGGAAAAAAUAUGUACUUUUGUGUUACGUAUUGUGACAGUUUGCAGGGAGAAAGAUGUAUGGGCAAUGUCUACUGUACCUGCUUGAAGGGUUUUUACACUGCUGUGUUGCUGGUGACACGGUAUAAUGUCUUCACGAUCAGCCAUUGUAAUACAAUAGCUCAAGAGACACUUUUUACUUGUUUAUUCAAGAUGGAUACAUGCAGAUUAUAUGGAAUCCUGGGUAAUUUAAUAGAUUUUAUUUUUUUAUUCAAAAAAUUACAAAUAUGUGGCUGCACCAAAGGCAUACUGUCUAUAAGUGUAGAUUGACUUAUCUCUAAAGCACAUGAUGUGAAUGGAUUGUAACGAAUCUCAAAACCUGAGACCUUCCCCAAAUUUCUCAAUUGCAUAUUACAGCCUGUGGACCAACUUCUAUGUAGAGGACACGUGCCGAAUUUUUCACAGAAAAUGCAAAGGAUGUGAUAAAUAUCAAUCAGGAAAUCCCUCUCUGCCAGAAAGCCGUCUGGGAUCAUCUCUUUUCAGCUUCGCUACAGUGCUACAGUGUGCAGCCAUAACAUUAGCUAACAUUAGCUAACAUUAGCUAAGAAAUGGAGUCCGCUAAUGUCAACAAACGACCGGCACCCACCACAACACAGAGUCCACACCAACUGGGUCUCACUCCGAAGUCUUGGUCAGUGACUUUCAACACCAGACACCGAUAAAAAAGCCGGGGGGCUCAGGGCCAUGCAGCAUAGUUAGCUGGGCAGCUAACGAGUCUAUUCUCAGCUAAGGUUAGCCAACUAGCUGUAAAGCUGCAUGGAUCUCUAAAGGAGCUCUAAAGCUGCAUGGAUCCGCUGUUGAUUCCUUUGUAACUGGCAGCUGCUUCAGACUAUCCCUCCACAUCGUGUUACAUCGGAUGCCCUUAAAUAUGGAACUCGGUCACGUCAUGAUAAAACCUGUGGUCUCAGCUUAACCCCUGAAAAGAUGGGCAAGUAGGUACGUCCUUAUUAUUCACUUAUCAUUCGUCCUUAUAUUCUCAACAAUACUAUUGCGAGACAUAGUAUUGUUGACAUUCAGCUCCGUAACGAUCUCCCUCCAGCCAGCUGUGGCCGUAUUUAGGUUUUUGUAGUGAUUAGGGGAGGUAUCAGAUAAAUAACUCCUCAUUUCAGGUGAAUGAAUCUGCUGUUCCUCGUCCAUUGGGUUGCUUUCAAUGUGAGUGACAGAAUGAAAAUAGAAACGGGGCAUCUGACAAAAGUUCAGCUCUGUGGUUCACUUAACAGCCUCCAAGAGGGGUGUCACUAAAAACAAGAAUUUUCUGAAAGUAAGUCACGAAACCUUUAUGUGAUUUAUUUAUUUAUUUUUAUUUUUUACUGAGUCAGUCAUAAAUGUAUCCUGUCAUAUUGUCACUGUAUUCAUUGUUCAAGGCCAACAAUCAUGUUGAAUGCACUUCCUACCUCAAGCAUUUGCAAAGCAUGUAUUUUUUAAUGUUCUGAAACCUGCACUGUGUGUCGCAGUCUUCCUCUCUUUUAUUGGUGCAUUGCUACUGUAUUAACUGCAUCCACUGUUUGUGCCCUCUGGAGUCGACAGAAAUGUUCACUGAGUCUGCUGUGGGUCGUGUGUGUGUUCUCUGCUGGUUCAAGAGGACAUAAACAACCGGCGUCAUCAGUCACAUGUUAAAUAUGUGUAAACUGGCAACUAUAUUAAAAAGUACUGACUGUUGGUAUUUAACCUCUGUAAACCAUGUUAAGACUCAUCUAACAUUGUAUGAUUAUGUUUUUUGUUAUUUUUAUUUUUAUUUUCAUAUUGCUGAAAAUAUGUGGCAUGCUCUAUGAAAAUUAUUAUAUGCUGCAACAGCUCAUUUCUAGAUAAACCUGGAUUUAUGUCAUCUUGAUUGUUGGUCAUUUGGAAAUUUACUCAUUUCAUCCGAGUACUCGGCUCAACCGUGGUAUUUUGUUUGAUAUUUGGAGUAAAAAAAGAAUUCUGAUAUUAUCGUACACAUUAAAAUCUCUUUCCAACAGUGUAUAAAACUCAGAAUGUGUUUGAGGGUUUGACUUCAGUUUGACUGAAGAAUGAUAAAUCAAUUCACAUUUAUUAUUUAAGAGAUGAAGGUUUUCAUGUAUUCACAAUAAAGGAAACUCAUAUUGGCA